GAGAGAGGCUAGGAAGAGUUGCUGACGAGCUCGCUGGCCUGCCCCGUUGUGCUGUUGCUGCUGUGUGGUGUAGACAGAGUGACCGGUGAACAGCCUCCUCUUCCUCCAGACCAAAGGCCCUGUCCUUGCUCCCUUCACCACGCCUGGGUCUACCUGUACAGGCGUGUGUGUGUGUGUGUGUGUGUUUGCCUGUGUUUGAGUGUGUGUGUGUAUUCGUAUGUGUGUGUGUUGUGUGAGUCUUGGCGGACCAACACUGUUCCAGUUACCUCAUCUGCCCUCCUCCUCCUCCUCAUCCAAUCCCACACACACACCACCUAAGUGUCCCAGCACAGCACCUGCCCAGAGUGAAUGUUCAGAAGGGUACCAGUGGGACGCAACCACACAACACUGCAAAGACAUUAAUGAGUGUCAGACGAUCCCGGGUGCGUGCAAGGGCCAGAUGAAGUGUUUUAACCACUACGGUGGCUACCUGUGCCUGCCUCACAACGUCGUCAUCUCCACCACCCGCAGCCCCGCCGAGAGGCAGACGGAGAACGAGGAGGUGUACAACAACUGCCCCCUGGGCUACGAACCAGAGGGGGACAGCUGUAUAGACAUUGAUGAGUGUGAGCGCGGGGAGCACGACUGCAUGCCCAGUCAGGAGUGCAUCAACACCCAGGGAGCCUUCACCUGCCAGUGCCCAGACGGGUAUCGCAAAGUGGGCACCGAGUGCAUCGAUAUUGAUGAGUGCCGCUACCGCUACUGUCAGCAUCGCUGUGUGAAUGUUCCGGGAGGAUUCUCCUGCCAGUGUGAGCCGGGCUUCCAGAUAGCCGGAAACAACCGCUCCUGCAUCGAUGUGGAUGAGUGUGGUAUGGGCGCCCCGUGUCAGCACCGUUGCUAUAACACCUAUGGAACCUUCCUGUGCCGCUGUGACCAGGGAUACGAACUGGGACAAGAUGGCUACGCCUGCAACGACAUUGAUGAGUGCAGCUACUCCAGUUUCCUGUGUCAGCACCAGUGUGUGAACGAGCCGGGCCGCUUCUCCUGUGUCUGUCCUGAGGGCUACCAGCUCCUGGGCACCCGCCUCUGCCAAGAUAUCAAUGAGUGUGAAGCGGGGACACACACGUGCACGGACAGGCAGAACUGCAUCAACAUCCAUGGAGGACACAAGUGUGUGGACAACAACCCCUGCAUUGAGCCCUAUGUACAGGUGUCUGAAAACCGCUGCAUGUGUCCGACCAGUAAGCCUGGCUGCCGUGACGAGCCCCACUUCAUCGUGCAUCGCUACAUGAGCGUCACGUCCGAGCGCACGGUGCCCUCAGACAUCUUCCAGAUCCACGCCACCAGCGUCUACCCCGGCGCCAACAACUCCUUCCGCAUACGCUCCGGAGACGCCGACGGAGACUUCUACAUACGGCAAAUCAACAACAUCAGUGCCAUGCUGGUGCUGGCGCGGGCGGUGACGGGGCCCAAGGAGUACGUGCUGGACCUGGAGAUGGUCUCCGUCAACAUGGUCAUGAGCUACCAGAGCAGCUCCGCACUACGCCUCUCCAUCUACGUGGGCCCACACGCUUUCUAA